GAGAAACAAUUGAGACCCUGCAAUUGUGUGUAAAUGAGGCAGAAAGUCAGAUCAGCAACCUGGGACUUGGUCACAAUUUUUGUGAUGCCGUAUGGCAACAGGUUCUACCGUUAGACAACACAUUAUGCUUCCAAUAUCUUCCCAGGCGGUAGUACCUCCCAACUACCUACCUACCUGAAAAGGAAUUCACGUAUACCUGUGUGUGUGUGUGUGAAGGUGUAAUAGAUUCAGAGAUGAGGAACAAUUUCAGGACAACAAGAUUCCUCCCAAGGAAUUUGCAGGGCAAUGAUGCUCCUGUGAUGAUUUUAAAUUGGACUCUUUUUUUUUCACUUUGACAUUUAAGGACAAUGAACCCCCUCUCCUGUGAUGAUUUACGAACACAAUAUGACUCUUCUCUCUUAGUAAUUUUUAAGACAAUGAGGAUCCUCUCUCUAGGUGGUGAGUUACUGAUCAGUUCCUCAAGCCUGUUAUUUCUUCACUGAUGGACUAUGAUAUUAUGAUUUAUCCUGUUUAUUGUACACCAGCUCGUUGGCCCGGCAGUACUGUACAGGGUGCCUGACUGUAGGAGAAAAGUGAAAAAAAAUGGCAGAUGAUGUGGAACCAACAAUUGGGACAAUGGCGGUGGAGGAGCCUCUCGACCUCAUCCGCUUGUCCCUCGAUGAGAGAAUUUACGUCAAGAUGCGGAAUGAACGGGAACUUAGAGGCCGCCUCCACGCUUACGACCAGCACUUGAACAUGAUCUUAGGGGACGUAGAGGAGACUGUGACUUCUGUAGAGGUUGAUGACGAGACUUUUGAAGAAGUCUACAAAACCACACGACGGAACAUCCCAAUGUUGUUUGUGAGAGGAGACGGAGUUAUUCUUGUGGCCCCUCCCAUGAGAGGUGGAGGGAUGUGAUGCGGCCACUUAGAAAAACGGAACUUCAUUGUUUAAUUAGAUACAGUUGAGCAAAUACUUUCUUGUAUAUUCUUCCAAGUACAGGUAGUUGGAAUUAAAUUAGUAAUAAAUUUAAAUUAUGUUAAAGGGAUAGAGAAUAACUUUUCUAUUUUUUUUAGUGGGACAAAAGAGCCUUACAUAUACAUUAACUUAAUUUAUCAUGUUACUGGUAUUAGAUGAAUUAUUUUUUCAGUUUUGUUCACUGAAGAGAUACAGAAUUAUUUUUGUUAAGUUACCUCCAAUUGUUAUCUCAUUCUCACUUCUCUGACCAUCAGCUCUCUCCUCUCACUUUCUAUACUGUACUGUACUUUUCUUAUGCCAUCUGCUGUACUCUGACCAUCUCCCUCUUUUUUUUUUCUAUUAAUUUUGUAUCAUGAACUACACUGUAGGUCGAUUUAUGCCAUGAAGGUCAAUUAUAAAAUCAAUAAAAUUACCUCAGCAGUUGGUAUGUAAUGAUGAUGAUAAGUGUGAAAACUAGAGUUAUUUUACAUUCUUUAAAAGAUUCUGAAAAAAUAA